ACGUCAUUUUGGUAGUUGUGAGGAUUCGACGUUAGUUUGGUCAAUUCGUGUCUUUCGCCACAUAUAAAAACCAAAUAUUAAAGCGUAUUUCUGCUUAUAAAAGUAUACUAAUUCACCUUCGUAACAUAACGUGUCUGUUGAUAAAUAUAUAUAAUACCGAUCGCCUCGAAGAACUCAGAUAUAAACGAUUUACGCGUCAGGACAGGAAGCCCAGCCAUCAGAUAACAACUUUUCUGUCGUCCAUUUUUUUUUGCCUUUUUCCCUACCAACAGCCCUGGGUAGGGAGACGAGACAUUUUGCCGUAUCCGAAGCUGCCGUCUUCUGACUCGACGAAAUCGAUUUGAUUCAGAUGUUAUUACAUUGAGAAAGAAUAAUUUUACACAUGUACAUAAUUGAUAUCUGGUCGAUUCUGUCGUUGAAUAAGUGAAAACCUUAACUCUCCAAAGUGGCGAAUAAUUCUGUGACUGGCACGAUUUCAUCGUCUCGAAACCUAGUCAAACUUUUCACAUAAUGAGGAUUCUGCCCUGACUCCUCCACGCCGAUAAUCAUAACGCAAAAUGCCACGCAUUGAUCCACUUGAUCUGCUCAACUGCCUUGGUGUUUUACUGUCGACAAAUGGCGGUAUUAAAGGACCCGGAGAAGUCGUACGAGUAGCCAGGCUGAUGUUACGAUUCUCCAAGAAACUUGUUAGUAAAUGCAUCUACAUUCACGUCCUUAAAGCAACACCGCACGAGCUGUUGGACCAGUUUUUGAAUGAGCAAGGAGCUUAUUUUUUGCUUCUGAAAUGGCUUGUUGAAGCUUUACAGACGCGUAAUACACCGCUACUGACCGAGAUGUUGGAACUUGUCCAACUGUUGCCCAUGUCAGAGGUUCGGCUGAAAGACGAAGAAGUCACUCGUUUGAUUCGUUCUACAUUCCCUUAUAACGACCUAUCUCAAAUGAUACAGUCGAUAGCUGAGGAGUAUAAUGACCAGAAUUGCCGAAAUCUUGCUGCUCAAUUUUGGGCACGUUGGUGCGUCGCUUCCAGCAAACCCGAAGAAUUCACGCUGACACAGGAGAGCAUCCUUCCGGAUGACAUGGAUUUGUCCAUCUAUGCUCCAGACACUACGUCGACCUCGUAUGGCGACCAACUCGGCAUGAAUAUUGGUGAAGGUGUUGACAUGGCAAUGGCGAAUCUGUCCACACUCGACAUGAACACCUGCACACCCUAUAUGGAGAAUAAUGACUAUUAUAACUUAAAUCCCUUUGAGCCUGUGGCUGUGGCCAUGAACAAUAACAUGAGUCACGACAAUCACCAGGUCUAUAUAGAUGGAACAGCAAACUAUACUAACGAGCCUUUGCAGCAGCAACAGCAGCCCCAACCGCAGCAACAACUGCAACACCAGGUGUUGAAUCCUGGUUUAGUAGAGGUGAACAACCAGCUUUUAUCUGCCCCGACUACCGCCGAAUGGUCGUCUAAUAAUAAUGUACCCAUAGUACCAUCAAUUCCACCGCAGCCAACUAUUGAUGAAACAGUAAAGCCCAAUGAAGUAGCAUCAACAGGCUUACCUGUUUUAAAAAUUAAAGUAUCAAAGGCAGGCACAUAUGUGGUAAACAGUACAAACAAUCCUGUUGAACCCAAAGAGGAAACAAAGCCAUCACCAGCCGUUGGCGACCAGUAUGCAGACACCAAAGAAAAGGACAAAACGAAGGAGAAGGAAAGGAUAAAAGACAGGAGAAGAGAAAAAGACAAGAAGACGUCCAAUAGCAGCAGCAGUUCCAAAACAAAGGAGGGCGACAGCAAGUCAUCAGACCCCAAGAAACGAGAUAAAGAGAGAGAACGAGAUAGAUCGAGAUCAUCGUCAACAAGAGAUAGUAAAUCUAGUAGUAGCAGUGGAAGGGAUCGAAGCAAGAGCAUCAAGGAUGAAAGGAAAGAGAAGCCGAAAAUCAAAGCUAGUCCUCGAAGUGAAAGUCAAAUCAAAGAAGCAAAACAGGCUGAAAAGAAUCGUGAAACUUUAGCCGCCAUUAAAGCCAUGUCACCCGUAAUCAAGUUGGCCAAGAUUCCGCGCAAGAAGGUUGAAGACGUCACGGCACCUCCUACCGAAGCGUCAACGACAUCAGCGACAGAAUUGCUCGAUAAACUUGCACCUCGACCCAAAACAGUCAAGACGUUCAAUUCCAAGUUUCGAUCCACAGGUCUAGUCGAAGAACCUGGAAAGAGUCCCCCUAUUGGCAUUAAGAAACCAGGAGCUGCCAGCCCAUCGUCAUCAGCCGAAAAGAAGGGUCCGAAUAUCAAGAGAUCGGGCUCGAUUGAGGGUUUGUUACCACCGGCCGACAAGAAACUGAAAGCGGUGGACGAUACGGCAAUUAGCGCUGCCGUGGCUGCAGUCAUGAAAAAAACAGCUUCGGAUAUCAAACCAGCGGUCAAGUUGAUCUCUCCUAGACCGAGACCGUUGCUGCAGGACAGUUCUUUGUUUAUGGAUGCGCUGGAAGCCGGGUCGAAAUCGACUACCGAACCACGCAAAAGAAAACGUUCCGCGAAAGACGGAUCCAUGCCCGAUCUACCACCUCCACCACCCAUUAAUAUCAAACAAGAACUCCCUGAGAAUCCUCCCGCGCCAGCUGCCGGGGCAAAUCGGGAAACGUCACCUACCCCGAUGAAACCAAUGUUCAAUUUCUAUCAAGACACGCUGGAAACGGACGGUGGCAUAAAGCAAGAAGAGAAACCGGAUGCGGUCGCUGCAUCAGCGGACGCCAAAGAAAUUAAAGAAGAAUGCCCAGAGAGUCCAUCGGCAGAGAAAGAAGCGCGUGUGAAAAUGGAAGUUGACGGCGAAGAGAAUGAGGAAGCCAACUCCCGUGACAGCAUCAAAACCGAUAUGGCUGGCGAGGAAUCUCCUCCGUCACAAUCAGACAGUGGAAAACCGAAAGGCGUUCUAAUCCUCCACGCGAAUCAGAAACGGCGGCCCAAGAAAACCCUCCAAUGGCGACCAGAAGAAGAACUGGAAAUGCAUCACUAUUUCGAACUCGACGAAACGGAAAGAGUCAACGUAAACAAAUUACUUUUCGGCGAGAUGAAACAAGCCGAGAAGGAACGAGAGAAACAAUCGAUUCUCAUGUCUAAAACAAUGAUUGAAGAACCCGAAAUUGAAGAGAAUCCCUGGAAAGGUCUUCAGCGUAUUGACAAUCUCGAAGAUCGUGUUAUUUACGGAGAAAACAGUAAAGAAAAAGAAAUCCAGGCCGCCAGAGAAAGUUCUACACUUCAGGCAUUGUACUUUAAAGGCCAAGUACUUCCAGAGGCUCCUAUUGAAGCGGAUCCUGAAGUACCAUUGGAGCGGACUGACAAGGCUCCUACUAUCAUUCCACUAGAUGACGUGACGGGCAAUCCGGAAAGCGUUUAUGAUCAUCGGCACUUGCCAUGGCCGGAACCCAAAACAAUGAGACCUCAACACCCAAUGGCGCCCUACGGAGGUGGCCCACAUCACGUUCAACAACCGCCAUAUCAACAGCAACAUCAACCUCCUCAACACCAACAACAGUAUGGGGGCCCGGGUUAUAGAAGUGCCCCACCUGUUGGUCCUGGUCCUAUUGAUCAGUAUUAUCCCGAUCAUGGUCCUCCAAUGCAUGACGAUCAUUUUGGGCACGGAGGACUUGGCGACAUUCCUCUCCAUGACGGUCAUGGAGAUAUGCCUCAUCACGGAGGGCCUCCUAUGCACCAUCAUCAUCCUGAUGGUAGAGGCGGUCACCGCGGUGAUAUCGGAGGAACGUGGAUGGCCGGUGAUGGAUCAAUUUACCCCGACCAUGAUGUCGGACAGAGAUACAAUGAUGGGCCUCCCCACCGGGACGGACCACCGCAUCAUCGUGACAGUUUCCAUCAUCACAGAGAGCGUGAACAUGUUCAUCCCCGGGAACGGGGCGGCCAUGGCUAUAAUGAUAUGAUGGGAGGUCCGAGCCCUGGUUUUAUGGGUCAUCCUCGAGGAAUGGGUAUGGAUGGACCGAGACCCAGAUUCCAUGGACCACCAAGAGGUGGCGGUGGAGGCCGGCCUGGAGGGCCGCCUUCAUCUCGCGGCGGCCCCUCAAAUCAGCCCUGCUGGCACUUUAUGCGAGGUUUCUGCCGUUUGGAGAGCCGAUGCAAAUUUCUUCAUCCGAACAACUAUAACGGCGCACCAAUGCCUUAAUAAUUGCAAACAUUGAAGACACAAAAAAUGUUAGAAGUUCUAGCUAUUAUGUAUAUUUAGUAAAUCGUUUACUGUCCACUCUCCUGUAUAGUGUUUUAUGACGAGCUCGAAAAUCAAUGUGAUUGUUUAGUUUGUUUCAUUUUUUUCUUCACUUUCAUCAUGUGAUGCCUGCAUAGACUGCAUUCCGUCGCCGCCAUCAUACUUGUGCUGAAUUGUAUUAAAAAAAAGACGAAUCAAAACUUGAAAAAGUAAGAAAUAAUAAGUUAACCAGCUUCCCUUGCCCGUCUUUGUAUGAUUGUGCUGUAUCAUUGUACAUUUCAUGUAAGUCUUUGGCUGCAUAUAAAUUGAUUUCAAGUU